UCGUGGCCAAGAGACAAACGAUUUUUGGCUUAAAAAUUCGACCUACCUCCACCAUAUGACUCGAAGGACCUGUAUGUAAGACCGUGGUCACAGCUCCGAAAUGACGUUUUCAGUUUUGAACGUCUUCUUUUUGAACGUCAGGUUUCACCGACUGUUGCGUAAAUAACUAGAUAACGUGCGUGCAAAAUCCAAUUGUUCGUUUUCAAGAGUGUGAAAAAGUCUUCUCGAGAGCCGCGUCGAGGGCCGCAUCGAGGGCGGCGCGUUUUAUCGCGACGCGAUCGUGUUUACGAAUAUAACGGGUGACAUCUGGUCGGUGAAGAGGAAAAAAAAAGGGUGGACAGGAAUGGCUCUCUACGACAAUCAACACUGGCUCCUGUCGCACAUCAGGGACAGCUUUCUCGCGACGGACGACACAGGUAUGUGUGACAUGGUGAUACUGGGGGAGGAUAUUCCCAAGCAGCUGAUGAAGAACGGGACUCUGCAAUGUUAUCCUGGUAUGGAAGAGAGCGACGAGGAGGAUCUGGACGUAAUGGGGGAAUCGUACGAUAUACAAAUGGACAUGGAAUUCAGUCACAGCAGUCACAGACAGAGAUCCAAUACUGCGCAAAGACUGGAGAAAAUGGACAUGGAAAGGAAAAAGGCUGCCAGAGUCAAGCAUGUCAAGUGGGAGCACAAUCCUAAUGCCGUGACGCCGACAGAUCAGUCAGAUCUGUUUCAGAGGAAAGAUUUUCGUAGGAAAACGCCACUGAAAAGGGGACAAUCUCUUUUGUCGGAACAGCUCGAAAAGUGUCCUAAUUUACCACCGAAUCCGUUCAAGGAAUACGCCAAAUUUGAUGGCAACGCGCAGGUGAGCAUCCCUGUAAGAAAAUACAGAAUAUUCAUGUGCAUGUUGCCGAAAGAGGACCGGAUGUAUCCGCUUCAGGUGGUGGUGACAGUGACAGCACGGGUGUUGGACUUCAUCGGGUUGAUUUGCUACAAAUAUGCAAGUGAACAUCCCGAUCAUAAUUUAAACGAGAACGUCUCAGAUUAUGGGCUGUACAUCACCGAGGACGACGGUGAGAUAGACUCGGCCUUCCCUUGCCUGGACCCGUGUGAAACAAUCUCCAAGUUCGAGUUCACCACGCUGGGCCUGAUCGAGAUGAAGCCGAGCGAUAAAGCGCGACACAACACAAUCAGUUGCAUCGAGAAGAAAAAUGAAGAGGACCCGGAGAUUAAAAACAAGGAGCAGGAGGAAGUAGCGAAUGACCUGGCCAAGAUGGAGGGUCACACUACCGCGAUGGAGGCGCCGUUGUAUCAGUCGUAUAGGGUGUAUAUAAUUAACAAGAUGCGAGCAAAGACCGAGAUUCAUCUCGGAAUAUCGGGCGAGAAGAUAGAGAUAGAUCCAGUAAUAACUGGCAAAGGCGCUGCUAGAUUUUGGAACAGACAGCGAGCAGUCAGUUAUCACAUAGACAACAUCGCCUGGUGCGAAGUGACGGAGACUAAGGGAUCGAAAACUGUGUUUACACUGGUUUAUACCCCGCAAUCCAACGCUUCAGAUAAUUUUCUCAGCCAAAGUCAUUCGCUUCACCAAUCAGCAUCUUUCAAGAAUCACGAUUUUGAGGCGGACUCGGUGACGGCCGAGGAAAUCGUGCGGAAAAUCAACCACAUCCUGGAACUGCACAGCAGCCAGUCGAGAAAGGAAUAUCUCGCGCAGAAGGAGAGGAAAGCAGCGAGGAGGAAGAGCUUUCAUCUGCACAGAUGACAGCUCUAUUGGUUAUUCCGUACAAUUGUAGAUUAUUUGAAGCAUUGAACAUUUAUGUACCAUAGAACGUGAUCGUACGAGUCGCUCUUAACAUUUUAAAUAUCUGCAUACGAUCGAAUCGAUAUCUCGAAUCUCGUUGACGCGCCAGAAAUGGCGGAAAGAAGGGUAGGCAGUCUUCUCCGCGGAAAGUAGACGUAUUCCACAGACAUAAAGAUUAAUGUUGUAGAAAUAUCGGUAAAUUAUUUUGUAUUUAUUGUAUCUCAUCGCUGUCUCAUUGAUGCGAGCGCGCCGCAAACACGCCGAGCAUCGUAUAAUCUAGUAGUGUGCGUAGUGUUGUGCAUAUUUAAUUAAUUUAAGUGUUAUUUAUACCUUUAUUAUGCUCCUAUCGCCUGUACAUUUGUAGAAUUAGAAGAAUAAACAAUAUACUUAGAAA